UUUGCUCCCUUGGUUUUCUUCAGCAUUACCCCUCAAUGGGGCGUUUGGUUGGAGAAGCUGAAGCUCACUCUAUUUACGUGUUCUCUGUCCUGCUCACCUUCCAGGGCCUGUGCUGACAUCUGUCUCUGGAGGGAUGAAGUAAGAGCAGUCACAGACAGCUCCUACCCUGAAAAGUGGGAAAGGUAUGGCCUCGCAUGUGCAAGUUUUCUCUCCUCAUACCCUUCAGUCAAGUGCCUUCUGUAGCGUGAAGAAACUGAAAGUGGAGCCGAGUUCAAACUGGGAUAUGACUGGGUACGGCACACACAGCAAAGUCUACAGCCAGAGCAAGAACGUGCAGUCCUCCCAAGCAGCCGCCGCAGCAGCCGUCAACGCCUCCCUCCAGAUCCCCAAUCCGAGCAUCCCCUACGAACAGACCAUCAUCUUCCCAGCAAGCACGGGGCACAUCGUGGUGACAUCUGCCAACAGCACUUCUGGUGUGGUUGCAGUGUCUGGGCAAACACUGGGCGGGCCACACAACCUGAUGCGUCGCAGCACUGUGAGCCUUCUGGACACCUACCAAAAAUGUGGACUUAAGCGCAAGAGUGAGGAGAUUGAGAACACAAGCAGCGUGCAGAUUAUCGAGGAGCAUCCACCAAUGAUUCAGAACAAUGCCAGUGGGGCCACUGUAGCCACCGCCACCACUUCCACAGCCACCUCCAAAAACAGUGGCUCCAACAGCGAAGGGGAUUACCAGCUGGUGCAACAUGAGGUGCUCUGUUCCAUGACCAACACGUACGAAGUGUUAGAGUUUCUUGGCCGUGGAACCUUCGGACAAGUAGUCAAAUGCUGGAAACGUGGCACUAAUGAGAUUGUGGCUAUCAAGAUCCUAAAAAACCACCCUUCCUAUGCCCGGCAAGGCCAGAUUGAAGUGAGCAUCCUGGCUCGGCUGAGCACGGAAAGUGCGGAUGACUACAACUUUGUCCGUGCUUACGAGUGCUUCCAGCACAAGAAUCACACAUGCUUGGUCUUUGAAAUGUUGGAGCAGAACCUCUAUGAUUUCCUAAAACAAAAUAAAUUCAGUCCCUUGCCCCUUAAGUACAUUCGACCAAUUCUCCAGCAGGUAGCAACUGCCCUAAUGAAGCUGAAAAGCCUGGGACUGAUUCAUGCUGAUCUCAAACCAGAGAACAUCAUGUUGGUAGACCCAUCCCGACAGCCAUAUAGGGUCAAGGUCAUAGACUUUGGUUCAGCUAGCCAUGUAUCUAAAGCUGUGUGUUCUACCUACCUUCAAUCCAGAUAUUACAGAGCCCCUGAAAUCAUCCUUGGUUUACCAUUUUGUGAAGCAAUCGAUAUGUGGUCGUUGGGAUGUGUCAUUGCAGAGCUGUUCUUGGGCUGGCCGUUAUACCCGGGAGCUUCGGAGUAUGAUCAGAUUCGCUAUAUUUCACAGACGCAGGGCUUACCAGCAGAGUAUUUGUUAAGUGCAGGGACAAAGACUACGAGGUUUUUCAACAGGGAUACAGACUCACCAUAUCCUUUGUGGAGACUGAAGACGCCAGAUGAUCAUGAGGCAGAGACGGGGAUUAAGUCGAAGGAAGCAAGAAAGUAUAUUUUCAACUGUUUGGAUGAUAUGGCACAGGUAAACAUGACAACGGAUUUGGAAGGAAGUGAUAUGUUGGUGGAAAAGGCAGACCGGCGGGAGUUUAUAGAUCUGUUAAAGAAGAUGUUGACGAUAGAUGCAGAUAAGAGGAUAACACCCAUUGAAACUCUGAGCCACCCUUUUGUCACCAUGACGCACUUGCUCGAUUUCCCUCACAGCACACAUGUCAAGUCCUGCUUCCAGAACAUGGAGAUUUGCAAGCGGCGGGUGAAUAUGUAUGACACAGUGAACCAGAGCAAGACGCCAUUCAUCACCCACGUAGCCCCAAGUACAUCGACCAACUUGACCAUGACUUUUAACAACCAGCUGAACACAGUCCACAACCAGACCACCAACCUGGCUCCCACCUCCUCCAGUGCCACUAUUUCCUUAGCCAACCCCGAGGUCUCCAUACUAAAUUACCAAUCUGCACUCUACCAGCCCUCAGCGGCGUCCAUGGCUGCGGUGGCCCAGCGGAGCAUGCCCCUGCAGACAGGAACAGCGCAGAUCUGUGCCCGCCCCGACCCCUUACAGCAAGCUCUCAUCGUCUGCCCACCAGGCUUCCAAGGGUUACAAGCCUCCCCUUCAAAGCAUGCUGGGUAUUCGGUUCGGAUGGAGAACGCAGUUCCCAUUGUCACUCAGGCUCCUGGGGCCCAGCCUCUUCAGAUCCAGCCAGGACUCCUCGCACAGCAAGCGUGGCCCAGUGGCACUCAGCAGAUCCUGCUCCCUCCUGCCUGGCAGCAGCUGACCGGGGUGGCCACCCACACAUCUGUCCAGCAUGCGACCGUCAUCCCGGAGUCCAUGGCAGGCACCCAACCACUGGCAGACUGGAGGAACACGCACGCUCAUGGCAGCCACUACAACCCCAUCAUGCAGCAGCCCACGCUGCUGGCCAGCCACGUGACCCUGCCCGCCGCCCAGCCCGUCAACGUGGGUGUCGCCCACGUCAUGCGCCAGCCGCCCGCCACCACCUCCGCCAGGAAGAGCAAACAGCACCAGUCGGCGCCCCGAAACACAUCCACCUAUGAAGUUUCAUCCUCUCAGUCCAUCAGCUCGCCCCAGCGGUCGAAACGAGUGAAGGAGAACACGCCUCCCCGCUGUGCCAUGGUGCACAACAGCCCUGCCUGCAGCACCUCCGUCACCUGCGGCUGGGGCGACGUGGCCAGCAGCACCACGCGGGAGCGGCAGCGGCAGACGAUCGUCAUUCCCGACACCCCCAGCCCCGCAGUGAGUGUCAUCACUAUCAGCAGCGACACGGAUGAAGAGGAGGAGCAGAAGCAUGCACCCACCAGCACCUUGUCCAAGCAAAGGAAGAAUGUCAUCAGCUGUGUCACCGUGCAUGACUCCCCCUACUCCGAUUCCUCCAGCAACAACAGCCCUUACGCCGUGCAACAUCGUGCAGGGCAGAAUAACGGGAACAGCUACGACACCAAAGGGGUUCCAGAGACUCACUGCAGUGGGAACCCCCGAACCAUCAUCGUGCCACCACUGAAAACCCAGGCCAGUGAGGUGUUGGUAGAGUGCGAUAGCCUGGCACCAGUCACCACCAGUCACCACUCAUCCUCCUACAAGUCCAAGUCCUCCAGCACCGUGACCUCCACCAGCGGUCACUCUUCAGGGAGCUCGUCUGGAGCCGUUGCCUAUAGGCAGCAGCGACCAGGAGCACAUUUCCAGCAGCAGCAGCCUCUUAAUCUAAGUCAGGCCCAGCAGCACAUCACGACCGACCGCACAGGGAGUCACCGGAGACAGCAAGCCUACAUCACUCCAACGAUAGCUCAGGCCCCGUACUCUUUCCCGCACAAUAGCCCCAGCCAUGGUACAGUUCAUCCCCACUUGGCCGCGGCGGCCGCUGCUCACCUGCCCACCCAGCCCCACCUGUACACAUACACCGCCCCCGCCGCCCUGGGCUCCACGGGCACCGUCGCGCACCUGGUGGCCUCCCAAGGGUCUGCACGGCACGCGGUGCAGCACACCACCUACCCCGCCAGCAUCGUCCACCAGGUCCCUGUCAGCAUGGGCCCGCGCGUCCUGCCCUCACCCACCAUCCACCCGAGCCAGUACCAGGCUCAGUUUGCCCACCAGACCUAUAUCAGUGCUUCUCCAGCCUCCACAGUCUACACUGGAUACCCACUGAGCCCUACCAAGGUGAACCAGUACCCUUACAUCUAAACACUGGAAUAAAAGAGCGAGAGACGCACCCAUCCCGGGGGGAGUGAGGCAGCCGCUUUUGUAUUGAAGAACAUGAGAAACUUAACAAUGCAAUGGGAGGCUCGUGUGAAACUUGAACGAAGGAGACUUUAAGGAAGAAAAGAAAAAGAGGAAAGAAGGGGGAGAACCAAUUCUACAAUUUUUAUUUAAAAAAAAAAAAAAAGAAAAUGGAAAAAAAAAGAACAGAAAAAAAAAAUAAACCACAAAAAACCAACCAUUCUGCACCAAACUAGAGAGAAAGAGAGAAGCAGAAGGACCCUCCAGCGGGUCUUGUCUUUUGAAGAACUUCACCAACAGACUUUUAAAGGUUAUUUUCAUCCAAUAGUGAGCUACAUUUAGAAAUUUGUUGUCCAAAACACCUAAAAUGAAAUCCAUUAGGUUUUUAAUCCUAUAGGUAUAUGGAUUAGGGAUUUAUCCAGCUUUUCAAAGGGUUUAUACCCCACCUUUGCAGUGGUUUUUGUAUCCCAAAGUAUACACAAGUUUUGGUGGAUUUUUAAUGGAAAAAGAAAGUGGGUAAGAGAGGCUGAGGUAGGCGGAUAAAAUGUUGUCCCAGUGCUCUAAAUUUGGACCUAACACUGCUACAUUUAAACGCACCUGGGCAAAUCCAGCCAUGCAGCAUUGGUUGAGAGCAGAAGCAAUGGGGGUAUUUCUCCCUUUUCUUGAACACACUGGAUAAAUCCCUGAGAAAUACUGUUCCUAAACAAGAUCUCUAAUAAUGUAUGUUGGAUUUCAGUUGCGUUUUAUUUUAGGGUUUUUUUCGGAAAUGUUCCUUUUUAAAUCCCUAGCCGUUUUAGUAUAGGAGGAGACAUUUUAGCUGCCCCCAGCCCUCUGCCCCCAGCCCCGGUAGAAUGUAGCACUAUACAGGUCAUACCCCUUUUUACUCUUUUGUGUUGAACUUCAACGAUACCAAUAGACUAUUCCUCAAUGUGAUUGCACAAAGAAAAGUGAUAUAACAUAGGCAUGUAACAAAUGUGAUUGUCCAGGUAUGUGCGUGUGCGUGCGUGUGUGUGCGUGUGCGUGCAGAUGCUGCCUUCUCUCUGUGGUGUGUUCCUCGGCACAGCCAUUACAACUGUCACAGUCUUAGUUUUACAUCAUUCCCUCGUAGUGCCUUACCGAACUACAGACGCGGUUUAAGGGUUUACUUCCACUGGUACUCCUAGAAACUGACUGAGGCUAGUCGGAAUUUACUCUCAGCUCUUUUUCUUCUCUUUUUUUCUCUUUUCUUUUUUGGUUUUUUUUUGGGUUUUUUGUUGGUUUUUUUGGGGGGGGUUGUUAUUGCCGAUUUUCUCCUUCUGCUGGUGGUGUUGGGUUUUUUUUCACGUCGUCAAUCUUAGCUCACUUGGCGAGGUGUUGGGGAGGCUCACUGGGGUCAGAAGUGUGUAUAACUGAGUGUUUUGUCAAGCACUGGAUGGGCUGGAAGUGACCGGGUCAGUUGUGAGACCCAGGGUGACUUCCAGGGGGUCUGGGGAUUUGUUUCUGGACUGGUCUGUUUUUGUCCUGUUGAAAUAGCAGGUUUCCUCCCCGGAAACUGAAUUCUCAUUCUGCUGUUUGACGAUGUUCUUGAUGGAGUGGGAGGACAGCGUCCACCCUCAUCAUUGGGUUGUCCUGGUUGUGUGUCUGAAAUGGGAACAAACAUUUAGCCCUUGAAAGGGGGAAACACUAGUUGUUGCCAACAUCUCUCACUGUUGAUGAGAAGGGGUCAGGAAAGGGCUGGAGUCCCAAAGCAAGCAUGAGAAAAUCCAGUUGAGAGAGUCAAUCUCAGGUUUCUUAAGUGAAAAGAGUGUUUUAAUACAUCGAGCCUUACCCACUCUAACAGAGCUGUGACACUGUGUGCCUCCCCUCUUCUCUUCUCACCUACACCUCAAAAAACUGCCUGCAGCAGCAGAGUGACCCUGGAACUGGAGAGCACAGUGGUGCUGCAGUCCUCCACACGAAGGAAUGCUACCCGGUUGUCUUGUUUUCCAACAGUUUUUAAAGAGAGCCUUUCCUGUAGUUGGUUUGGUUCAGAGGGGAGUUUUCCUGGUAGCGGCAGUUUCACUGGUGCAUCAGUACUUGGAAAUGUCUCAAGAGUACCCAGGCAUGUGCGUGUCCUGAGAAGGAAGGAGAGAAAGGAAUUUAGUAAAACAUUUCCAUGAAAGCUGAAGUCUUUGUGGCUAUUUGGUUCCACUCUACAUUUCCCUGUAACUAGAGCAUGAAGUAGUCAGGUGUUUUGCAAGAUGCUGGAAAAUAGCAGGUUCAUUGGCAGGGUGGUAAGGGAUAGUUUCCCUGAGUGGAAGUGAUGAAGAAGGCUCUCUCAGGUUGGAAAAGCUGACAGAAAGACAAGCACAGUAUAUUGGCUUGUGGUAACUGUUUGGCUGGCCUGGAAGAAGAAGGGAUCCCACUAUGCAUAGGCUGUUCAACAAGGCUGUUGUCUUCUGGCAAACCACCAAAUAACCUCCCUGGUUGCCAGCUCUGGUUCCUGGGCUACCCUUGCACAGUUUUCUUUUCCUGCCUAUCCUUCAUUCCAGCUCAAUAUACUGUAGAUGAGGAUGCAAUCUCCCAGCAGCCUAUGCACCUUACCCCCCCUUUCUUUGGAAAGACAACAUGUCCCCUUUCACCUGAGACAGGAAAAUAAAGCCCUGCUCUCUCUCUCUUGCAUUCCUCUCCUCUCCCACCAGUUCGGGAGUGAGAGCGUCAUGCUGCUUAUGUCAUGAAAAGGAAAGAUAAUGUUAUUUUAUUGUAUGGUUGUUACGAUUAUGAUUAUUAUUUUAUUAUUAUUGUAUUUUACUCUGGGUUUUAAUUGCACACGCAUUCCUUAAACUUUGUAGGGGUUUUUUUCUCUUAGUAUUGUUGUUACUGUUCUUAAUUUUAUUUCUCUUCAUCAGUGGCAUUGGAAGGGUUGCUGUGAUUGUGAGAACUGCAGGAGAAAGGAGGAAUGAAAUUAUUCCGAGGAUGAAAACUCUGCCACUAACCGGGGGGGGUGUGGGGCCACUCCGUGAGAGUGGUUACAGCCUUGAGGAACAGGAAUUAUCCUCUCGGUCACAUCUGCAUUUAAGAAUAAGUCCAGAAAACAUUCAUUCAGAGGCCAAAACUCAACAGCAGCUAACAUAAUGAUCUGUCAGGAGAGCUGGAUCAGAGGCAGGUAAGGACCUUGGUGCCUCAGGAUCCAGCUCACCAUCACUCAGUUUGAUAGGACAUUUAUAUAAGAUUAAGACUUGUUUGUGCUCCAGGCCAGGAUCAUUGGGCCCUGUGGAUGAGUCCAAGGCCACACUACAUGUUAAGGGUUUGGUUUUCCUGAAGGAGGAAGCAGAUAGGUGGCUCUCCAGAAACAGGAGUAUUGAAGGAGCCACGGCAGCCGCGCGUGCGGCUCAGUCCCAUCACUGGAUAAAGCACACUGGUGCAGAUGGAUGGCAUCAGCUGGGUAAAGCAUGGCUGCAGACAGGGCAGUGUUCCUCCCCUAAUCUUCCACUUUCACUGAAGGUUAGAUGUCCACAGGGUCAGGAUGUUUGGUUUGAUUUUUUUGUUGUUGUUUGUUUCUGAUGUAGAUUUUCCCUUCUUUUUUUAAUUAUUUGUUGUGGAAUUUUGUUAAGCUGUUCUGGUUGCUACAGUUUAGAUAUUUAUGGUUUCAUUUGUGUUACCUGCUCUGUUAGAAUAGGGGGAAGCAGUGACUGAAUUUAAAUUCCAUUAAAAAAUUACAGGACUUCAGCAGAGACUGAAAGUUAAUCAUGCGCUUGAGUGCUUUACUAAAGAACAGACUUAAACCCUUCAAGUUAAAUACUUGUUUAUUUGCUCCUGUAGCCUAGGGCCAGUGAAAUCACAGUAAUGUUUUACCUGUACUAAUUGCAUUUUCCCUGUGUUCCCACCCGACCUGCUCUCACAUGUGGGCUCAGAUCUGAUUUUGGGGGCCUUUUGGCAGCAGAGCUGUUACAACAGCACAGGAUGGCUGUGAGGAGGAGUGCAGUGCGUAUGGGAGGAGCCACUUUUCACAUUGUCCAUCCUGGAGUUGCUGGUCUGCCAGCUGUAGGUGGUCAGAUGAUAGUGGUGAUGGGAUGCUGAUUGCAAGAGAUGCACAGCAGAACCAUCAAAUUGCUUUGAUGGUGAAACACUGUGUGAGAGCUGUUUUCUGGCAGGUAUGAGGGAGCUGAGCAACGCCUCCUCCCUCACACCUGUACAAAGGCAUUGUAUGGAUAAAGGUGUGGUUGGUCACAGGGGAAGCGGUCAUUUCAGCAGAGGAAGCAAAAGCUUUGCAUGCUGUCAGUACCACACACAUAACAGCCAGCUUGUUGUGUUUGCAGAAUCCUUUGGAGAGGAAAUAGGAUUGGCAUGAUUUGGUUCAGUUGGUGUUCCUUGUGUGCAUAGGGUAAAUGGCAUGGAAACUUGAGAGGGGAAGCGAAUGUUUAAAUGCUGGAAGUUUUAUGGGUGGCUUAUGGCUGGCACAGUGAGAAAGUGGUCCUUUUCCCCAUCAUCUUGUCUUGCAUUCUUCUUGUGCAGAAAGCACGGAUGUUGCCGCUCCUCGGAGAUGGAUGUUCAAUUUCCUGCUGUGAAGCCAGAAUGCAGGAGGGAGGGGAGAGAACUGCCAACAUGAGCAGAUUGGAAAAGCCAAAUGGAAGCACUUCUCACUGUAGAUUGGGUCAAAUCCAGUCAUUAGAGAGAGCAAAUGCAAUUCCAUCUUCCUCAGCAGAGUUUUACCUGCUUGUACCCAACAAAUUGGGCCUUGGCAGGUCUCUUACUCUCUCUCUUUCCCAAGUAGUUUUGUCACAAUAUGUAAAACAUUCCAAGAAAGGGACACUUCUGACUGUGACAUUUUUCCUUUUUUUAUACUUUCAAGGAAUUGUGUCUUUUUAGCUUGGUUUGAAGGCAAUUCCAUUAGCAAAUCUGAAGGGCAAUAAACCUGUUUUUUUCUUUAACCAAAGAUACUUUUUUUUUAAGAAAGAGAGAAAGAGACCCCCACCUACUCCAGAAAUUAAAUGAAGCCACGAGUCAUGAGCACCAGGCAAUGAGGAUACGCCGUGGAAUUACAUUUUUCUGUUCCCUUUUUUUUCUUUUUCUCUCUCUCUCUCAAGUUUCUGCCAUUGUUUUGAGUACUAGCUUGAUGAGCAGAGAAAUUCACACUAAAUAUUGCUGCUAUCCUAAACUGUAGGGGAUGUCAAAAGUGUUUUUCUUCUCUCGUUAUUGUUCUCAUUGAUUUAAGUGUUGUAGUGGUGACAAUGCAGUGUGGAAAUGGUGAGCUGUGUAGUGGGGAUAAGCUUCUGGAUGCUCUGCAUGCUUCUGUAGUGUCUCCUUCUCUGGAUUUAGGAUGCUGGGCUUGUUCUGUGGGUUGGACCCCAAACAGUGAUGCCAUGGUCAGGACAGGCACAGCAGGGCAAGGGUAUUGGACUUACACUCAUGUUCUUCCAUGGCUUGGCAAUCAGCCCAUUAGAGAACUGCAGUACUAUUUGUGGGCCAAAUCCUGGAAAGGUGUGCAGGGGAUAGACAGUGCAGAAGGGAAAAAUGUGGGAAGGAAAUGUUUUCCCUCUUCCUGUUGACAUAGCUGUCCCUGCUGUGAUCCCAUGUGCUGUGGGAGCCUCAAAGCAGUUCAUCUGUGGUCCUGGGCACUCAUCUACAUCACCUCCCUCAGCGCUCCUGUGAGAAGGGCCUCUGUCUGAAGUUCAGGAGUCCCCAUCCUACUUCUCAAGGCUCACUUACGUGCCUACAAAUCAUUUUGCCCUCUCCAGACUUAAGGAGAAGAUGAGUCUGUGCUGCUGGGGUUCUCCCACUGCUGUACUCCAACAAAGCUGCCUCUGAUGAUGGUGAGAAUUUCUCCCUAAGCUGUAGAGUUAGGUUUUUUUACACCAUUUUGACACCAUUUCACAGUGGUGCUCGAAGAGAUGGUGGCAGUCCUGUUGUCAAAGGCUGUGUGUAGGCUCGUUGCUGGAGUACUGCAUUGGAUGAGAGGCACUGGGCUUUCCAGGCUGGUCUCCAUCCCCGUGGUCCAUCCUUCCCACCACCUGGGAACACCACUACCUGCGUGUGUUGCUGUGCUGCCACCACACUCACACCCGCCCCGGGCACGCAGUAAGACCCACUGCAGGGGCAGCCCCUGGAAGUAAGCCCGGGCAGUGUGCAGGGGAGCACUGCCAACCCAGGGCUCUGUGCUGAAGGUGUCUGGUUCCCUUGGGGCAAAUGUAAUCGCUGGGAAUGACCCCCAAGGCAGUAGUUAGUUUUCUGUGAGGAGCUGCUGAUGCAGGUGGAGGUGUGAGAACUCGUCUGGAGGUAAACUGAGGUGAGCUCUGCGUGUGUCACAUGCUUUCAGUGGGAAGACGUGGGUUUAGAGCAUUUGUGUGUGUUGAGAGUGAAAUUUGAAUGGUAGAUUGGCUUGGUUCUUCAGAAAUCUUAGGAAGCAUACUAGGAGGCUUUGCAUUCGGCAUUUGUGGUUUGAAACUCCUGUUUCUCAUUUACGGGUUAGCUUUGUCCUUCCAAUUUUAGCAGUGCUGCUAUAACAGACUAUUCAUGUGUGUUUGAAGAUAAAGUUUUUGUUUUUAAUCUUUUGCUUAUCAUAGUUAAUCUAAGAAAGGCAAUACUAAAGGUAUAUUUUUUCCAAAAAUGAUAUUUUUUACUGCACUGAUAAAUAUUGUGACAUCUCUGUUCUUAACUCUUUCGCUGUGAGGGGAACUGUGUGCAGAUUCACACAAACCUUGUAAAUACUUGUGUGUACUUCUGACAGCCAGGGAUUAUUUUUCCUUCCUUUCUCCCUUCCUUCCUUCCUUCCUUCCUUCCUUCCUUCCUUCCUCCCUCCCUCCCUUC